UUAGGCCUGUUACUGUACCUGUGGAAAUGUUUAUUGAUGAAUUGGUUAUUUUUUUUUUAUUUAAAUUGUUUGUUUGUUUUAAAUGUUUAUUUGUUGUUUUUGUCUUUUUUUUUAAAUAAAUGUUUGUAGCUAUUCGUUUUUUUUGUCUCGUGUCUUCGUUGUUCUUAGGCAACUUUUCUGUUCCUUGUUUUUAAAUUUUGUUUUGGUGGGUAGCACCAGGGUGAUUAUUACCUUUAGGGAGCAUUUUCCUUCUUUUUGACUUUUCCGCGCUUUUCUUCUUCAUGCCACCUUUUUGACACUUUUUUGUGUGGCCAUGCCCCCUUUUGGUGAUUUGUAAAGGUCCCUGGUUAGCACCCAUAAAAUUUUUUGAUCACGACAGUUUUUUGGGUUUUUGGGAACAAUAUUUUGACGUUUAGUGUAUUUCAGUCGAGUUUCUGAGGGAGGGAGUUUUGAUGUUUUAUCCAAAAAGAAUUUUUCGGAGGCAAUACUAUUCUAUCCUAUUUGUUCUUUAUUUCUAUCAACUAAAAGAUGAUGUUUGGUCAAAUUUUUGUGAAAGUGAAGGUUGUAGAAUUGUUAAAGAAGAGAAAAAACCUUUAAAUCCAACUCAAAGAAAAAUAUGGAAUUUGAUGGAACAUCCAGAUUCUUCAUUUUUGGCACGCAUUCUUGCCUCAAUUUCUGUUGCUGUUAUUAUAAUUAGUACAGUCUCUUUUUGCCUUGAAAGCAUUCCAGAAUUAAAAUCACCUACAGACAGGGAAUGGUCUUCACCUUUCUUUUGGAUUGAAUUUUGUUGUUGUUUAUGGUUUUCUAUUGAACUCGUUAUUCGUUUUAUUGUAGCACCAAGCAGGACAGAUUUUAUGAAGUCAUUUUUAAAUGUACUUGAUUUUGUUGCAGUUGCUCCAUUUUUUAUAAAUUUAAUUUUACACGACGCUGAAAAUAAAAAUUCUUCAUCAACAUCAUUUGCUGUACUUCGUAUAGUUCGAUUAGUUAGAGUAUUUAGAAUAUUUAAAUUAAGUCGACAUUUUACUGGAUUACAAGUGUUGGGAAAGACUUUCCGUGCUUCUAUACAAGAAUUCUUUUUAUUGAUUUUCUUCAUGGGAAUAGCUUUAGUUCUCUUCUCCAGUGGUGUUUAUUUUGCAGAACAAGGAGAACCUGGAACUAAAUUUACUUCAAUACCAGCAACUUUUUGGUUUGUUUUAGCAACAAUGACAACAGUUGGAUAUGGCGAUUUGGUACCAAAUGGAGUUUAUGGAAAAAUUGUUGGUUCGUGUUGUGCUUUAAUUGGUGUAUUAACAUUAGCUUUGCCUGUUCCUAUUAUUGUAGCCAAUUUUAAACGUUUUUAUCGUCAAGAAGUUAUAUUAGCCAAAAUGUAUGAACAAAAUUCACGUCCAGAAGAAAUUAGUGCAUUUAUUAAACAAAAAGGGAAACAUGGAGGAACAUUUAAAAUUUCUAUUAAUGGAAUAAAAAAAGAGGAUGGUGAGGAUGAUACUGAUGUUGAAGGAGGAGGAGGAAGAGGUUUUUUUGAUCAACACAAAAUUGGGGUUGAUUCAAGCACUUUGUUGGUUUAA